AUGAAUGUCAAAAGCGAUCGACGCUUGUCCACUUUUCUUGAGCUCUUAAAGAUCGGCUACAAACAAAUUGGCAGAAAGGAACACCCACAACGCCCGCGUAAAAAUCCUCAUUUGAUUGAUCUAAAGCCUACGAAGAAGUUCGUUGCAUCAUCUUCACCGUUUGUCAUCAACAAGAUUCCACGCAACACUUGGGAAAAAAUCUACUUCGGAGAUUAUCCAUAUGCAAAAUGUAUAAUGGUUGGAAGCGAAAAUGCAACUACAGCAAUUGGAUUAGCAGGAAAUUCUCUGGGGAUUAGAGUUACGAAAGGAGUAGUUUUAGCGAGAGAGAAAACUGUUUCUUGUGCAAUUGAGAGAUUGACCACUAGUUGUGGAAUCACUGGAAUUGCUGGCGUGAAUCAUGUAAAGAGAACUGUGGAAACACAAUCGAUACCACAAAUCUUUGGCGAUCUAACAAGUAGGUUUCUCCAGUUUUAUGAGCCUAAAAGCUUUGGAGAGACAAUAUUACUAGCUGGAUUCGAUGAGAGUGGAUCUCAUUUAUAUCAGAUGGAUGUGGCGAGAUCGUAUGAAGCGUGGAAGUAUUCAUCUCUGGCUCAAAGGGUCUUAAACCUUAAAACAUCACUUCGCAACAGGUACGACGAAAACGAAAACAUGACUCUCGAGGAAGCUACUCGCGCAGCGAUCCGGACACUAAUAGAAGGCUUCGACGGAGAGCUCACCAGCAACAAUAUGGAAAUUGGCAUAAUUGGUGAUGACAGAGUUUUCAGCUCAUUCGAUCUCAACAUCAAAGCUAAGGUAAAUCUAUUUUCUUCCCAGCGGUGCUUCAUUGUUCGAGUUCUCGCUGAUUUGCUUAAGAGUGAAAUGGGUGACAGUCAGUAUUCGUUUUCGCUCACUACUUUCAGUCCAUCUGGGAAGCUGGUUCAGAUAGAACAUGCCCUUACAGCCGUUGGAUCUGGCCAAACUUCUUUGGGGAUCAAAGCUGCUAAUGGAGUUGUCAUUGCAACCGAAAAGAAAUUGCCUUCGAUUCUGGUCGAUGAAGCAUCUGUUCAAAAGAUUCAGCAUUUGACUCCUAAUAUUGGAGUUGUAUACAGUGGCAUGGGUCCUGAUUUUCGAGUGCUUGUUAGGAAGAGUAGGAAACAGGCUGAGCAAUAUCUGAGACUGUACAAAGAACCCAUCCCUGUUACCCAACUUGUAAGGGAAACCGCCACUGUUAUGCAAGAGUUUACUCAAUCAGGUGGUGUUAGGCCGUUCGGUGUUUCUCUGCUGGUAGCUGGAUAUGACGACAAGGGUCCACAGCUAUACCAGGUGGAUCCAUCAGGCUCUUAUUUCUCUUGGAAAGCUUCAGCAAUGGGGAAGAACGUUUCUAAUGCAAAAACAUUCCUUGAGAAAAGGUACACGGAAGACAUGGAACUCGACGAUGCUAUUCACACAGCCAUACUGACACUGAAAGAAGGCUUUGAGGGAGAGAUCUCGAGCAAAAAUAUCGAGAUUGGCAAAAUCGGUGCUGACAAAGUUUUCAGGGUACUAACACCAGCAGAGAUCGAUGAUUACCUUGCUGAAGUCGAGUAA